AUGGGUUUGGCAGCAGCAGCAGCUGCUGCUGCUGCUGCUGCUUCGAAUACUGCAGCAGCAGCAGCAGCAGCAGCAGCACCCCCGUAUCUUGAACUCGGACAACAAGCUGCUGCUGCUGCUGCAGCAACUGCAGCAGCAGUAACACCCUUCCCCGCCCUGGCUCUGGGGCUCAGCCCGAGGGUCCCUGCACUGCCGCAGCAGCCAGGAGCAGCAGCAGCAGCAGCUGCUGCUGCUGCUGCUGCUGCAGCAGCAGCACAAGUCGAUCCUCUGCAGCAACAGCAGCAGCAGCAGCAGGCGUUGCCGCUAGGCAGCAGCAGCAGCAGCAGCAGCAGCAGCAGCAGCAACAGUAAUACUACAGCUUCUCUUUUUGGGUCAGGAGACUCAAACACUGCAGCAGCAGCAGCAGCAGCAGCAGCAGCAGCAGCAGGUCUAGGGGGGUGUCUGCCUGGCUAUAGCUCUGUGUGCAUGGGUGGGGUUGUUGUUCCUUCAGACCUUGCGGUGUGUGGGGCCCCUACAUCAGCAGCAGCAGCAGCAGCAGCAGCUGCUGCUGCUGCUGCUGCUGCAGAUGUAGGGACGGGGGCCCCCUUGAAGUCAAUGGGCCGUACAGGGGGGGGCCCCCCUCCUGUUGUUCCUGUUGGGGGCCCCUCAUGUGUGGGGGCCCCCUCAGUUGCAGUGGGGCAGCAGCUGCUGCUAGCAUUCGCUAAUCAGAACCAGAUGCUGGGGGCCCUGCAUCAGCUGGGGGUUGCACCAGCAGCAGCAGCAGCAGCAGAUGCUGCAGCAGCAGCAGAUGCUGCUGCUGCUUCUCUAGCAGCAGCGGGGUGUGGGGGCCUACUCUCUGAUCCAGCAGCAAACUGCAGCAGCCUUGCUGCUGGCAGCCGCAUAGGAGCAGCAGCUCCGGGUAGCAGCGCAGCAGCAACUGCUGCUGCUGCUGCUGCUGCAGCAACAGCAGCAGCAGCAGCAGGUGCAGCAGCUCUUCCUGCUGUUGGGCCCCACAUACCCGGCUUCGAUGGGGGUGUCUGUGUCCCUCAUCUGCAGGCGUUGCCCCUAGGCAGCAGCAGCAGCAGCAGCAGCAGCAACAGCAGCAGCAGCAACAGUAAUACUACAGCUUCUCUCUUUGGGUCAGGCGACUCAAACACUGCAGCAGCAGCAGCAGCAGCAGCAGCAGCAGGUCUAGGGGGUUGUCUGCCUGGCUAUAGCUCUGUGUGUAUGGGUGGGGUUGUUGUUCCUACAGACCUUGCGGUGUGUGGGGCCCCUACAUCAGCAGCAGCAGCAGCAGCUGCUGCUGCUGCUGCUGCUGCUGCUGCAGAUGUAGGGACGGGGGCCCCCUUGAAGUCAAUGGGCCGUACAGCGGGGGGCCCCCCUCCUGUUGUUCCUGUUGGGGGCCCCUCAUGUGUGGGGGCCCCCUCAGUUGCAGUGGGGGGCCCCCCCUGUAUAUCUCCUGCUGCUGCAUCAUCAUCAUCAUCAGCAGCAUCAGCAGCAGCAGCAGCAGCAGGACCAUCUGCUGCUGCUGCUGGUGGUGUUGUCGGUGUAGGUUCAUCUAUACGGGGGGCCCACCAGGGGCCCCCCCCUAUAUCCGCAGCCGUCAGUACCCUGGGGGCCCCCCCUCCCGGUACACCCCAGGGGGGCCCCCCAUCUAUAACAACAGCAUGUGAGCUGGGGGGCCCCCCCCUCACCGGCGUGUCUCAGAGUAGCAGCAACGGGGGCCCCCUUGUGGGUGUGGGGGUCCCCACCCCCCACAUAAGCGGAAUAGGGGGGCCCCCCCCGCAGCUCAGCAGUGUAGCUGUAGCAGCUGGGGGCCCCCCGCAAGUAUCUCUUCCUGCUGGCAUUGCUCUUGGCGUAGCUGGUGGAAUCUCUGUUGGUGGGGGCCCCCCACCAGGGGCCCCCCAGGGGGCCCCCCAGGGGGCCCCCUCACCCCCUCCCCCCGUGGGUCUUCAGGGUGGGGUUGCGCCGGGGCCCGCCGACAGCACAAAGGAAAGAGCGUUGGAGAGAAAGAAAGUUAAAGCGCAGCAGCAGCAGCAGCAGCAGCAGCAGCAGCAGCAGCAACAGCAGCAGCAGGAGGGGGUAGGGGUGGGGGUGAAGCAGCAAGAGGUCAAGAUGCAGCAAGACACACAUAGAGUUGCAGGCAGAGAUAAAAUAGCUAAGACAGAGAUACAGGAGCAGCAGCAGCAGCAGCAGCAGCAGCAGCAGCAGGAACAGCAGCAGCAGCAGCAGCAGCAGGAACAGCAGCAGCAAUUGGUUCCACUGCAGCAGCAACACAUCGCUCCUCCCGCAGCAGCAGCAGCAGCAGCAGCAACCCCCAGCAGCAGGAGGCCCGAUCCACCUCUGGCCAAGCAGCAGCAGCAGCAGGAGCAGGAGGAGCAGCAGCAGGAGGAGCAGCAGCAGAGUGUAUUGAAGGUACCUGGUGUAUACUACGAUGGUGUGCGGCGUAUAUGGAGGGCCUUUUGGCACCAAGAGGGCCGCCGGGUGAUUCGUUAUUUUACCGUAAAUAAACACGGAUACCGCCGGGCCCAUCAGCUAGCGCUGCUGACGAGAAAGAAAGCUGCGGAGACACUCCAGCAACAAAAAAAAAUUAAACUUAUGAUACUGCAGCAGCAGCAGCAGCAGCAGCAGCAACAGCAGCAGCAGCAGGGGGAGGGGCACGGGCAGCAGCAGGCUGUGAAAAUGCAAAUUGAUGGAGAUAUGGUUUUGCACAGUGAUCAUGCUGCUGCUGCUGCUGCUGCUGCUGCUGCUGCUGGUGGUCUGCAGCAGCAGCAGCAGCAGCAGCAGCAGCAGCAGAUUGUUAUAAAGCCGCAGCUGACGCAUGCAGAGGCUCACUAUGAUGCUGCAAACGCCAGGCUGGAGAAGGCCCUAGAACAACUGCGACAAAUACAAGAAAGAGAAGCAGCAGCAGCAGCAGCUGCUGCUGCUGCUGCUGCUGCUGCUGCUGGGGGGGGGGCGACAACAGACACACAGCCAUCGACAGACCCGCAUGCAGCUAGCAGCAGCAGCAGCAGCAGCAGCAGUUGUUCAGAUGCUCAGUCUGUUGGCUCAGCAGCAGCAGCAGCAGCAGCUGCAGCAGCAGCAGCAACAGCAGAGGGUCGUGUAUCUCUGGUGAAGUCUUACGGUGGUUCUUCGUCCCAGCUCUCAUCGUCAGCAGCAGCAGCAGCAGCAACAGCAGCAGCAGCAGCAGCAGCAGCAGCAGGCAGCGUAUACAGCAGCGCGAGCGGCAGAGUAGACUACCUAGAGAGAGUAGCACAGCUGCCGGUGGAGCCGCAGGUGUAUUGGGUUGAGUCGAUGAAGGCUUGGGUGGUGACAGCAGCAGCAGACGAAGAGCAGCAGCAGCAGCAGCAGCAGCCAGCAGCAGCAGCAGCAGCAGCAGCAGCAGCAGCAGGGGGGAGACAGCAGAGAUGUAUAGAAGAGGGGGGGCCCCGCAUACUGAAGACCUUCCCUAUACGCAAAUUUGGCUUUAGGGUGGCGCGAGAAAGAGCAGUAGAGUGGAGAGACAAAAAGAGAGGGUUAAUAUACACACAGCAGCAGCAGCAGCAGCAGCAGCAGCAGCAGCAGCAGCAGCUGCAGCAGCAGCAGCAGCAGAGUGCUGCUGCUGCUGCGGCCGCGGCGGCGGCGGCAGCGGCAGCAGCAACUAGUAGACGCAGUAGACACACUCAACAAAAUAAUAUACAGAGACAACAUUGGUGUCUGCAGCAGCAGCAGGAGCAGCAGCAGCACGAGGCAGUGACCUCUGGCCCCCCACCAGCAGCACCAGCAGCAGGACCCCCAGUCCUUCUGCUUCUCCUGCUGCUGCAGUGGUUUCUGCUGCAGCAGCAGGAGCAGCAGCAGCACGAGGCAGUGACCUCUGGCCCCCCACCAGCAGCACCAGCAGCAGCAGCAGCAGCAGCAGCAGCAGGAAGCGUUUAG